GACUCGCUCAGUUCCUCUCUCUCUCUCUCUCUCUCGCAUCUUUGCUUUGCUUUGUGCUGUGUUUUCUCUGUUUCUAGCAGCAGGCGUGGCCUCUGGUCUUCAUUACUCUCUCUAUAACCCAUGCUUUGUUUCUUUCUUCUUUUAUUCUCUGACACAGAGACACACAGACACAGCGAUCGUCACCAUCAUGAGAGAGCAAAAGCAGACCAAAGCUCGACUCUCUGUCUUCAAAUUCUCGUCCCAUUAAUCAUCUCAAUCCCCCCCCCCCUCUCUCUCUCUCUCUCUCUCUAUACCCAGCAGACAGAACCGAGAGAGGUCCAUAAUUAAACAUCAUUGAAAACCCAGUACAACUGUUCCCCAAUUCUGUACUUUGAACCACUAUAAAACUAGACAAAAAUGGAGAGGUGGGAUAUCAAAUCACUCCCGAAAAACAGAGAAGGCCGCUCCAACCGACACAGCAGAGACAACCCAUCUUUCUCUUCCACCCUCCUCGACUCCAUUUACCGUUCCAUCGACGAACCCACUGUCGGCGGCGAUGAAGUGGUUUCGAUGAGAGAAGAACAGCGCCACCUCAUUUUCUACAAAGAAACCAUGAAGAAAAAACAGAGCGCCGCCGCCGCCACCACUACCAGCGGCCGACUAGGCCAUGGACACUACAAAGAAGACCAGGAGCGUGAAAUAGCGAGCCUCCGACGAGCCUGCUUGGUCGAGAAAUGGAUGGAGAAGAAGGCAGCUGAGAAGUCCGUACCUGUGCGACGAAAUUCCAUGGCGGAUUUCCAGACGACAAAGUCUAGAUACAGUCACCAGAACGAGUUCCUGACGAAUUCUAGUUCCAGUUCUUCAGAUUCCAGUGGUGGGUUUUCUUCGUCGGAGUCGGACUCCAUGUACGGAUCAAAAUCGAGGUCCUCAUCGUCAUGCUACAGCAUGCCCAGGCCGAAGCCAAUUCGAACCAGCCUUUCGUCAGAAAAGGUUCCAUUUGACGAUCACCAGAGAAAUUACCAUCACAAUUCACAGAAGAAGCACGAGAAUGGGUUCGUGAAGACGAAAUCAAAAGCGCUGAAGAUUUACGGCGAUUUGAAGAAGGUGAAGCAGCCGAUUUCGCCAGGUGGUCGGCUAGCCAGUUUUCUCAAUUCUCUGUUCAAUGCAGGGCACGUGAAGAAGUCCAAAAUUGACGAUUUGGGUGCGGAGAGAAAAUCGUCACCAAAUUCGGGACAAAUGGGGUACUCAAACCCGAGUAGUAGUUGUUCGUCAGCCUCUUCGUUUUCAAGGUCUUGCUUGCGAAAAGCGCCUCUUUCGAGAAGCGAGUUGAGUGGCAUCAGCAGCAAUGGUGAUGCCGCGAAGAGGUCGGUGAGGUUUUGCCCUGUAAGUGUGAUUGUGGAUGAGGAUUGCCGCCCGUGCGGACAAAAGACUCUACUUGAAGCACAGUCGGGUUUAAUGGCCGCAGCUAAAGCUGCUACGGCCAUUAAACCACCAACAAAUGAAGAUGUUGGACUUGAGUGUUGCGUAAUGGAUGUUGAUGAAGACGAUGACCAUGGCCGAAGAAUUGAGGAAGUUGCGAGAGAUUACUUGAUGAAGAAUUAUCAGAAGAAGCAUGAUGAGGAUGAUGAGGAUGACGAUGCAGAGAGCUAUGCAAGUUCUGAUCUCUUUGAGUUGGAUACUGCUGGGGUUGAAGAAAGGUACCGUGAAGAAUUGCCUGUGUACGAGACUACCUUUUUCGACAGAAAUCGAGCCAUUGCUAAUGCUUUGAUCUUGUAAUUCCCGUAAGGGGGUAAAGGAAAGGAGUUGGGGAAAAUUUAAAUUAGGCUUUUUAAAGUAAAUGGUUUGGGGGUUUACAUGAGAAAAUAAAAUUAAUCAAUUUCUCUCUUUCUUGCAGUAAUUCUUA